AUGGGUAACGCAUACGUAUCUGUUUCGCUCUUUCACAGUGCUAUCAACAAGGAGAAUGAAGCCGAGCGCGAGCGUGUGCGUGUUGCAGAACAGGAGAAGGCUGAAGUGCAGGUAGCGGCAGCCGUACCACCGAUUGCAGCCGUAGAAGAGGAGCAAUUUCGAAAGCACCAGCAUGCUCUGAAGGUGAUGAUGAGACAGGUGGCCAUUACCCAGGCAUACCACAAUGGCCUUAUCAGUUCAUGAAUUGUUUCAGCUUGACAAGCUUCAGUCUCUUCGCCCAGCGUUCCGUUAGAAAAAUCGUGAUCUAUAGAGGCUGACCUGUAAGGUUAGAUCUAUCCCUCAUUUGUACACCAUGUGUGUUCUUUAGAUGAAUUAUGCAUAUCGAUGCAGCUGCAUGCGCGUCGAUUAUGCUCGCCGUGCGCUUCUAUGGCUUCCUCAGAGAAUCCACCCAACAAAUAUCGAGAUAGUAUCUUUGUGUUGCACCGGCGGUCGCAUCACAUGUGAGGUAUAAGCUGCCCUGGCAAGAGACUAUGCAAAUAUCAUGCCUAGCCAUGUUUUAUAUGUUGACGAGUCAUGUUUUAGAUGUUGAUGGCACAGUUAUGUAUUUUCAGCUUUGACUAGGGAGUUGCGAGUCAUAUAUCAUUGCGUCAAGAACAAAUGAAGGCCUGCUAUAUUCGACGAGUUCUCUUAUUUACCCUAUGUCGGACCUCGUUGUUUUUCCUAUUGGAGAGUACAGAUUUGGGGCUACACCAGGCAGUUCACUUGAUUACUUGUCUGGUCUCAGAAUCAUAGAGUUGUUAUUACUUGUCUGGUCUCAGAACCAUAGUUUGUAUGCUCUAGAAAUCAGCACUUGGGCAUUGCUACUGCGUGACUAAUUUGACUUCACUAUGCGUGUUUGUCUGUCAAAGCUCUCACACCUGCCACUUUCAUUCGUACCAAGUACUGAGUAUGAGACUAUACACUACGCGACAAUAAAGCGCCCGGGUUUCAGUAUUCUGUGC